UGGAUUCUACAGUUACCUCCUCCAAGCCAACAGAGGCAGGAAGAUGGGGCGUGUCCCAGACCCCCGCAGCACCUCAGCCCCAGUUGACACCACUGCUGAGCCCAGUCUCAUUCCAGACCUCAUUACCAGGAUCCCCUGGCCCCGCUGGGUACUCUUUAUCAUCGUUCUUGCUGCUGGAGUCCUCCUGGUCUCUUGUCUGCUCUGUGUUGUCUACUGCUGUUGCCGCCGCUGCCAACGCCGCAGGAAGCAGCCCAAAGACAAAGAAGCUGUGGGCCUGGGCAGUGCUCCCAGCAGCACCACUACUCACCUGGUUCAACCAGAUGUGGACUGCCUGGAGCCCUGCUCGGGGGGGCCGCAACAGUGGGGACGACUGCUGCUCUCACUGGAGUAUGACUUUAAAAGCCAGGAGAUUAGGGUGGGCCUGAGGCAGGCCGAAAACCUGAAGGCCGAGGGCACAGCAGACCCCUACGCCUGCGUCAGUGUUUCCACCCAGGCUGGGAGAAGACAUGAGACAAAGGUGCACCGGGGGACUCUCUGUCCCAGGUUUGAAGAGACAUGCCACUUCUCAGUCCCACCAGCAGAGCUGCCCAGGGCCACCCUGAAGGUGCAGCUGUUGGAUUUCAAGCGGUUCUCAGAACACGAGCCUCUGGGGGAGCUCCAGCUAUCCUUGGGCACUGUAGACCCUCAGCAUGUCCUGGAGAACUGGUACCAGCUGGGCCCUUCUAGUAGCACUGAGCCUGAGCAGAUGGGGGAGCUGUGCUUCUCACUGCGCUACGUGCCCAGCUCAGGCCGCCUGACUGUGGUCGUGCUUGAGGCUCGGGGUUUGAAUCCAGGGAUUUCAGAACCCUUUGUAAAGGUCCAGCUCAUGUUAAACCAGAGAAAAUGGAAGAAGAAGAAAACAUCCUCUAAGAAGAACACAACUAUGCCCUACUUCAACGAGGCCUUCACCUUCCUGGUUCCCUUUAGCCAGCUCCAGAGUGUGGACCUGGUGCUGGCUGUCUGGGCCCACGGCCUGCAGCUCCGGGCUGAACCUGUGGGCAAGGUGUUGCUGGGUUCCCGGGCUUCGGGUCAACCCCUACAGCACUGGGCAGAUAUGUUGGCCCAUGCCAGGCGACCCAUCGCCCAGUGGCACCACCUGCAAUCCCCCGGGGAGGUGGAUCGUGCUCUGGCCCUGAAGCCUCGCCUCCCCCUGCCUAGGCCUCACUCCUAAAAGAACCCUAAUGGAGCUUCAGUUUCCCCUAAUGGAGCUGUGGGCGUUUGUCCAGGCUCUUCUGAGCUUUCUGUAAUAAAUGCCUUCUCUUUCCCACUCGUGUGCCCUGCUGGAGCCCCGUGAGGAGAACCUGAGACACAUGGUGGGCUCCACCUUGGCACCACUGUCCUCUCAAGGAUGGGGUAGGGUGCUCUGGACAGUACUGCCAGUCCUGAGCCUCUGCUCAAGGCCUGAUUACUAGGUCUUCCCUGGGAGAUGGCACCAUCCUCUCUGGCACCCAGGGGUAGCAGAAGAACAGGAGAUUAGAGCUGGCCCUGUGGGGACAAAGUGGGCGACUGAGGGGAAUAGUAUGUAGAGACUGCGUGGGGAAAAGACCCCCAAAUCAUGAGGGAUGGUGGUAUGGAGUGUCCUCUGUACCAUCAGCAGGGGGCAGUAGAUGCCUUUGGAAGCUUCUCUGGGGCCUUUGGGGGCGCGCAGUCCUGGCCUGUGAUGUACCUCUUAAUCCCAGCACAUCUGGCGGGCUUUAGCAGCUCCUACCUUCCUAUGAUCCUCAGGGGCCCCAGAGCAGCAGGGCUGGGGCCAAGCCAUGAUCUGGGUGUCUCUGGGUGGGGUUCAGAAGCGGGAAAGGGGCGAGGGCCUGGCCCCAGUGAGCCAGGCAAUGCAGGACCUGCCUAGGCAACCAAGAGUCCUGAGCCCCCACGGGUCAGAGAGAGGUUCCUAGGGCGGUGGCACCACUCUCUGGGGUUGAAGGACAUGUUCCAAGUUGCCUGUGCAGAGAGACACCCAUGGGCAGGGCGUGUGGCAGGCUGGGAGAGGCCCAGCUGCUGGUCCAGGGGCCCAUUUUCUCCUUUCCCUGGGCAGAAAGGCAAGUUCACUACAAGA